AUGGUGAGGAUCUCUGGAUAACCCCUCCCGGACGUUCGAUAUUUCCUACAUCGUGCUUCAUCGCUCUCAGCAGCUGUAGCCGCUCGAUCCGACUUCGACUUUGUGUCUUUGUGCAGGGUAAGGGUACGGGGAGUUUUGGUAAGAGGAGAAACAAAACCCACACCAUCUGUACGAGGUGUGGGAGAAGGUCAUACCAUCUCCAGAAGGGCGUAUGCUCCUCCUGCGGUUACCCUUCCGCUCGCAUCCGCAAGUGUAAGCCAUGCCUCUCUUGAUUCCCCACAUAGAUCCGCUUACUUUCUCGCUUUCCUGUCUUGGAUUGUAUCUUAUUUCACCUGCGCCAAUGUUUUUUCAAUGUGCAAUUACAAUUUUUAUUUUGAGUAUUAAUAGUUUUGCGAGGAGUUAUUCUUAUUAGUAUCGAUUCCUUUCAUUGUGUGCGGCUCCCUUUUAAACCGGUUGAAGGCUUCUUCUUUCGAGCCUUUAAGCAUUGGUGUUAGAAACAAAGCUUGAUAUCAUUAUAGUUCUUGUAUCUGUCUCUCGAAACGAAAAUUCUGUAUGAAUACACUGGCUUCUAUUAAACAAUGAUGUAGCUAUGAUGUAGCAAUGAUGUAGCUUCUAUUAAAAAUUAUAUUUCUUUUAUCGAUUUCCGUUGUCUAUAGACAAUGAUGUAGGUAUGGUGCUGCCUGACGAUCUGCCCCCUUCUCUAUCUUCCUCCCUGUAGCCACUGAUUUGGCAUAGUCGCUUACAUCAACUGGUUAUUGAAUUCUAUUCCAGUGCUAAUUUUUUUAACAUCAUAAUUCCACUGAAAAGGUUGAUCUCCCAUCUUUCGAAUAGUAUAUUUUUAACGUUUAGCUUCCAUAUUUCACAUUCCUAAUAUUUAUUGAGUAUAAUUAAACUCACCUGUUGAGGUUGCUUCUUUCAAAAAAAAAAAUCGACUGUAAUGUUCUUGACGUGUUUUUGUGAUUCAGAUAACUGGAGCGUGAAGGCCAUCCGGCGGAAGACGACUGGCACUGGAAGGAUGAGGUAUCUUCGUCAUGUGCCCCGUAGGUUCAAGACCAAUUUCAGAGAAGGUACAAUUUUUUCACCUAAUUCAACCAUUUCUGUAAAUCAAUGGGAAGGGGUACCUUCAUUCCCCGAAGGUUUUUUUUUUUCUGACCUCGGGGCCAUCUUUACCUUUACUCAUUACGUUCUUCCUUUCCAGGAACCCAAGCACGUCCAAGGAAGGCCGCUGCAGCCGCUGCAUCCGCUUAG